UUUUUCUGGAGCUGGACUUGAGGAUGAUGGAAAAACUGAAAUCCGAGCAAUUUCCGCUGAGCCCGAGCACGGAGGGCUGCGGUUCCCCCCCGCCCGAGGAGGGGGACGCAUGCGGGAAACAGGAAGGCACGAAGGCAGAGACAGGGGAGCAUCACCUCCCCGAGGAGCGCCGCGUCCUUAAUGGAGUUGCCAAGGAAACGGCUCACCACGCCACCGAGCUAAAAAAGGAAGUGGCGGUGAUCGAGCUGUCCAGGAGAGGAGGGAGCGCGGAUAUAAAAGGCAGAGAGCUCAAGGCAGACAUCAGCCAUAAGGUGCAGACCACCGAGCUGUGCAGACCACCGAUCCCACUGCCGCUGCCUCCCAGAGACCCGCUGAGCGACACUCGAAUGGUGCAGUUGAGUCCGCCCGCUUUCCCUCUCCCGGCACGAGCGAUGCUCUACAGCAACAUGACGCAACCGCUCGCCACUAUUAACAGUGGUUUUGCUGGAGAAGUGGAACAGUAUGGGAUGUAUCCCAGCAGUCGAGUGAAACGCAGACCUGUACCGUAUGAGGUUGAAAUCAGCGAUGGGACAGGCUCGCAGCCCAAAGUCGUGCGACGGAUUUUCACCAACAGCCGCGAGCGCUGGCGGCAGCAGAACGUGAACGGUGCCUUCGCCGAGCUGCGCAAGCUCAUCCCCACGCACCCUCCCGACAAGAAACUCAGCAAGAACGAGAUCCUCCGCCUGGCCAUGAAGUACAUCAACUUCCUCGCCAAGCUCCUCAACGACCAGGACGACGUGGUGGGCGGCGACGCCUCCGCCCGGGCCAACCGAGACGCGACCCUGGUUCGGGACGACCUCCUCCAGGAGAUGCUGAGCCCGAACUCCAGCUGCGGGAGCCUGCUGGACGGGGACGUCAGCCCGGAGAGCUUCACCGAGGACCAGGACUCGUCGGUGGAGUCCAGGUCUUCGGCGAAGGGACUGCAUCACUCAAGCCUCCCGCUGGACGGAAACACCCAGCGAUGACUGAGUUGGGCUCGACGGACUGAUUUCCGGAGCCCCAGGUGCUUCGUGGACCUCAACUAGCGUAUGUCGUGUGCAAGCAUAUUCUUACGUAAGACUUUCUGUUCAGCUCUUCUCUUCACGCUUCGAUGCUAAGGUGCCCUCCGUGGCGAGACGCUGGUACGGGGGAAAACGUCAGGUAGAUUUUUAGUCCACACUUGGUUGCUUAGACAGGAUCGCCACCUGAAAACGAUAAGAAAACAGAUUGAAUGGUACCCACACCUCAUCAGGUACAGCGUCGGUAAGGAGCUGGACUUUUACAACAUAAAUGAGCAUUUGGAGAAGUCAAGUCCUAGAAAAGGAAUAGUUCACCAAAAAAAAAAAAAAAGAGAGACAAUUCUGGUAUCACUUACAAACCCUCAUGUCAUUCAUGUGAAGCCCAAAAGAAGAAAAUUCUACACUCUUAGAAGAAAUGGUUCUAUUUAGAACCAGAAAUGGUUCCAUCCCCCGCUUCAUAUAUGAAACUCAAAAUGGUUCUAAUAUUGAAAUGGUUCUAAUAUUCUAUUGGCCAAAUAUGGAACCCCAGGGUUCCAUAUAGAACCCAGAGGAACCCUUUUUUUAAGAGUGUAUAGAACCUUUUCUUCUAAGAGUGUAAGAACCAUACAAUGAAAGUCAAUGGGGUGUCAUUUUUUUUUGUUUUUGGACCCCAUUGACUUUCAUUGUGUGGAUAAAACAUAUCUUCUUUUCUGUUUCCGCAGAAGAUCCUACAGGUUUAGAGCGAAUUGAGGGUGAGUAAAUGAUGACCCGGCAUCUUUGAGACAAAUGUGUACAUACUGGGAAUUUCAAAUGGAAUAUGACCUUAAAGUAUUAUUAGCAUCAUUGGCAAUAGCAACAAUGCUAUUUGGGGAAAAAAGUAUCACCAUUUUGUAAAUGGGAAUGUUUCGAAACACAAUGGUGGAGGAGGUACAAGAAUGUGUAGAUAAACCGGGAUAAUGUUGUGUUUCUGUAAUGAUGACCCUUCUUCUUUUGCAUUGUGAUCAUGGUACACCAUUAAUUCACAUCUUCAUUCACUCGUUUCUUUGGCCAAAACACCCCUCCGACCCGACCAUCUCGCAAUGACGCAUUCAUCGAGUAACGUUCUGUCACUUUAUUUGACUUGUAUGAACUUGAUCUGCUUUUUAGCAGAGGAUUGAGUAACCAGUCUUGGUACCUUUAAGUCUUUUUUUUGGGGUAUUAAA